AUUUUCUCGGCGCCAUCAUGAUGCUUGGUGGAGGCGCGCGGUCAGUGCUUGUGCGGCACUUCCAUCGAUCCGUGGGAAUUGUCGGUAUGCCAAAUGUGGGCAAGUCCACUCUCUUCAAUGCCCUCACGCGCACGGAGCAAGCUCAAGCAGCGAAUUAUCCGUUCUGCACGAUUGACCCGAACGUCGCCCGCGUCGGUGUGCCGGACCCGCGUGUCCACGCUCUAGGCAAGAUGGAAUCGUCGCAGAAAGUGAUUGAAACUCAACUUGAGUUUGUCGACAUUGCUGGACUCGUUCGCGGCGCAUCCAAGGGCGAAGGUCUCGGAAACAAGUUCCUAGACAACAUUCGGCAGGUGGCCGUGAUUGCCCAUGUCGUGCGGUGCUUUGAAGACAUAAACAUCCUGCACGUCGAAGAGACGGUGGAUCCACUGCGCGACUUGGACACGAUCCAGACGGAGCUUCUACUUGCCGACUUGCAAACGGUCGAGAAGCGAUUGCAAACGAUGGGCAAGAAAAAAUCGACGGACCCAGCCGCUGUCCACCUCGUUGCUGUACUCAAGCGCGUGCUUCCUCUCCUUGAAGACGGGAUCGCGCUCACGGACGUCCAGUUUGAACACCCAGAGGAGCGUGUUCAGUUUGACCGGCUUCAGCUGCUCACUCCCAAGAAGGCGCUCUAUCUGUGCAAUGUCGGGGAGGACGACGCUGCCACCGGCAAUGCCAUGACGGAGGCCGUGCGGAAGCAUGUCGAAGCGCAAGGAAGUCUGUGCUUGACAGUGUCGGGGGCGUUGGAAGAAGCCGCGUCCCAGUUUGAUGAUGAAGCCGGGCAGCUCGAGUACCUGGCAUGCAGUGGCCUGCAAGAGACUGGGUUGUCGCAGGUCAUUCGCGCGUGCCAUGAGCUGCUGCAGCUGCAGUCGUACUACACCGUCGGCCCACAAGAAGCGCGAGCAUGGACAAUUCCAAAGGGGACGCUGGCGCCAGCCGCCGCGGGGGUGAUUCAUUCAGACUUUGAGCGACUGUUUAUCCGAGCCGAGACAAUCGGGUUUGACAAGCUCAUGGAGGCCGGCAGCAUCAAGCAAGCGCGGGACCUUGGCCUCGUCCGCACCGAGGGCAAGGACUACGUGUGCCAAGACGGCGAUGUGUUUCACUUUUUAGUCGGCCGUUGAAGAAACAGGUCAGCGACGACACAAGCGGGUCUGCUGCAUGGAGUUGACGAGUGCGGCGACGUGCGUGCCACCAUUGCGUGCGCACCUACCAUGGGCACCGAAUUUACACCAUCGUUCAGAUUUGUAAAAGCGGCUUGGCUAGUCGUGGUUUAUCGGGACAUGGCAGAACGCGGUGGGUGAACCGUGCAACACAUUUCAUGGCUUGGAUUGUGCCC